AUGGAAGCCAAACAGACUUUAUGUGGUACAUGUGAUCAAAAACCAAUUUUAAAAUUCAAUGGAUGUGAACCAACAAAACUAAGAAAUAGCUCUCAUGUAGUUGGAGUAUUUGAAGUAUUACAAUCAUUACGGAAAGAAGGAGUUUUAUGUGAUAUUAGGAUUGAAACUGAUGAUGGUACAAUCAUACUUGGACAUAAAGUUGUACUAGUAUCUGUUUGUCCAUAUUUCCGUUCAAUGUUCACUAGAUUUGAGGAAAGUAAAAAAGAACUGAUACAUAUAAAAGAGUUGGAUUCAACCACUUUCCAAAGCUUGAUUGACUAUAUUUAUAAUGGAGAAAUUGUGAUAACUGUGGAAAAUAUACAUACUUUGUUACCAGCUGCAAAUUUCUUACAGUUAGAUUUUGUAAUAGGCGGAUGUGUUGAAUUUUUACAGAAACAAAUUAUUCCUUCAAAUUGUCUCGGUAUCAAAGCAUUUGCUGACAUGCAUAACUGUAUGGAAUUGUUGGCAUAUUCUGAAGCAUAUAUUAAAAAACAUUUUGUAGAAGUGAUUAAAUAUGAUGAGUUUCUAUCUUUAUCUUCCGAGGAAGUGAUUAAACUGAUCUCUGGUAAUGACCUAACUGUUUCAUUAGAAGAAAAAGUAAAGAUUACGUAUUUGAAGUGUUACAUUUUUAUGUACUUAAGUCAGUACAGCCUUUCACUAUUCCACAAAACAUUCGGAGUAAGAAAAGACAACCGGAUGGUUCACAAAAAGUUGUUUUAG